AUGAUGUUGUCGGGAUACAUACCCGGAGCGGAGGCCGUAGCCUCGGUAGGGAACAUCGCCAAGGAACUCAAGAACAAGAACAAGGGAACGCCAGGGAACUUUUUCUGGGUUCUUGAUCCGGUAAUGGGCGAUAAUGGCAAAAUUUAUGUCGCCGAGAAUGUUGUUCCCGCCUACAAGGAGCUGAUCGAGCAUGCCGACUUGAUUCUGCCGAAUCAGUUUGAGGCCGAACUUCUUUCAGAAGUCAAAAUUGUUGAUAUGGAAUCUCUCAACACAGCUAUCCAAGCCCUCCAUGACAAGUACCGCAUCCCUCACGUCAUCAUCACAUCUGUCAACUUCUCACCACCAGGACAACCGCCCUCGCACUUAUCCGUCAUCGGCUCAAGCAUGACAUCAAUUGGAAAAGCACGCCUCUUCAAAAUUACCUUCCCUUCGAUUGAUUGCUACUUCUGCGGCACGGGCGAUAUGUUUGGAGCUCUCGUAACAGCCCGGAUGCGCGAGGCGGUGCAAUCCGUUCCGGGGCUUAUCAAUCGCGCAAACUGGUUAAGUGACGAUACUGUGUCUGCUGCACAGUUGCCGCUGGCGCGAGCUGCAGAAAAGGUAUUGGCCAGUAUGCACGAAGUAUUGACCAAGACGAGAGACGCUAUGCCGGGUAUAAUUGAAAGGACGAGAGCGCGGUUGACAGAGGAGGAAAGAGUGAAUAGAAAGGGGGAGCGGCAGAUCACGUCCAAGGCUUCGGAGUUGCAGUUGGUGCAGAAUUUGGAGGUUUUGAGGAGUCCUGGCGUGCAGUUUAAAGCACAGCAAAUUUAG